AUCGGAUCCUGACACCAGCAUGGACCAGUGAUCGCUUCCUUUCAUCUCAGCCUCACAGGCCGCCCUUGGAUCUAAACGGAGCUUCCAAUUCGCCACCCAGCUGAACGAAUCUUCCGUUCCCGAGCUGCUGUGACGUCCCCCGCAGGUAUGUGGGGGAGGAUGAUCUCGGAUUACGGAUCCGGAUUCAACACUUUCAGCGCAGGCACAGAUUUCCCUUCACCUGGGUGGCUCUCGGGUUCAUUGUGGCAUUCUUCAGCGGCUUCACCCAGUGGCAGAAGUAGCCACACUCGGAGACACAGCAUUACAUCUGACAGUGGAGAUACAGGGAUUGGAACCUCCUGUUCAGACAGCCUGGAAGACCAUUCAACUUCCAGCGGUACUUCUACAUUCAAGCCGGUGCACCCACUGGUCAGUCUUCCUUCUGCCCAUGUCAUGCCCUCCACAGCCAGGUCAUCAGUGCCCAGACACAGAGAGGACCGGCUGGACACAUCCGCUUGGGACAGCAACUAUACUUUGUCUGGUAUAGGCAGGAUCUAUGGCCAUUCUGAUAGCCCACUUGAUAUGAAGGACUCCAGGCCCAUCAAGAAGUGGUCAUCUCUUACUAAACUGAGCACUCCAGAUGCCUUUGGUCAGGAUGGCAAAGUUGAAAACACAGGGUCAAGGCAUAGCCUGGAUCGUAUGAGUAGAGAUGUCACUCUUUCCCAGCACUCACGAGGAUACAGGCCAUCGUGUCUGCACUACAGCAUGGAGGCACUGAAACUGGAUGAUAAAGACAUUGAUAAGAAAGAACUGGCAAGUGUGGACCUCAAAUAUAAAUUUGACAGCUGUAGCAGCACAGAGUUUUCGCCAUUUGCUACUCCCAGUCGGAGACAUACCUUAGACAUGACCUACAGUGCCUUACCAGAAAGUAAAUCUUUUUCAGCCAGUGACAAUGUUUCAAAAUUUAGCCACUUGGGUUACCAGGCUGGAUCCCCCCUUCAGUCUUCCUUAAGGACUCAGAUGUGGCUUACGGAUCAGCUCCAUGCAAAUUCUCAAGAUAGAAAAACUCCAGAGGAAACGUGUGGCUUGUCCUCCUGGCAUCAACUAGAACUUCUCCGUCAAGAUGCUGAACAGUCCCAGGUUGGGAAUAAUUCCUCUCGACUAGCAUUUACGGGAGCGCCUCUAAGUCAAGAUGUCUCGAAGUGGGAGUCCCUGGUAAAAAUCAAAGAAGGACUACUACGACAGAAGGAUAUUGUAAUUGAAAGACAGAGGCAUCAGAUCUCCCAUCUGCAGCUACGUUCUCAUCAGUCAGCCAAAAGUCCAGUGAUGAAUGGAGAAGACGGCUACAUCCAUGGGGUUAAGAGCUCGACGUAUGAUAGCUGUAAACCUCUACAGAAUUUGGUUUUGGACCGGUCAAAUCCCUUCCUUAGAGGAGAAUUGGAGGAAAAGCGGUUCUCUACAGAGGCAGGCUCCACACAUCACUGCGAAGUUCCAAAACAGGGUGCAAUUAAAUCUGCUGAUGACCUAAAGAAGCUGGAGGAAAAGAUAAAAACCAGAGACAAGUACAUUAACAGUCUAAGAAAGAAAUGUCAAAAAGAAAAUGAGAUUAAUCGGGAGAAGCAAAGGCGGAUUGAAACGCUAGAAAAAUAUGUUGCUGAUCUGCCUACACUUGAGGAUGUACAGAGGCAGGGUGAAAGGCUUCAUUUAUUAGAAGAGGAAAACCGACAACUGCGGGAGAACAUGAAGUGUCUUGAAAAACUAGCGAAUGAGUCAAGGACACAGUGUAGAGAAAAAGAAGCCCAGACAGAGUGCCAGAAACAGAGAGAAAAAGAGCUGGUGUUUACUGUACAAAGCUUACAGCAAAAAGUUCAAAAAUGUUUAGAAGAUGGAGUCCGAAUUCCUAUCUUGGAUGCAAAACAACUCCAGGAUGAAAAUGAGCGACUUCAAGAGCAGAACGAACGUGCGAACAAGGUCAUAGACAAUCAACAAAACCAAAUUGACAGCCUGACUGCAGAAAUUCAGGCAGUAAGGGAUAAGCUAUUUCAGGAGAGAUCGUGUGUACUGGAGCUAGAAAAGAAGAUAGCAGAGCAAGCAGAAUGUACAGAAAAACUACACACACUCUGUCUGGAAAAUGAAAAGCUGAAAGAAGAGAACAGCUCCAUACGUGAACAGCUAGAAGAGUUACUAGUGUCCCGACAACCAUUGCCGGAGAAGAUGCCAGUGGCUGGGCAGCUGUUUAAGGAAAUGUCCCACUGUCUGUUUGACUUGAAAGCACUUUGCAGUAUUCUAAAUCAGCGAGCUCAGGGAAAGGAGCCCAAUCUCUCUCUGCUAUUGGGCAUUUGCUCUGUUAACUCCUCCUCUGAGGAACUGGAAGCCAGCAGUCACAGCAUUGAGGCCCUCACCCAGAAACUUUCUGAAGUACGACAGUUACGCAGAGACAUUGACGACCUGAGAACUACAUUGUCAGACUGCUAUGCUCAGGAUAUGGGAGAUAACUGCAUCACCCAGUGACAGACUGACAUCUUUCAAUAAAUGCUCAUGUACUGUGGUCACUUGCA